GCUGAGUGGAAUCCUAUAGUGCGCAUGCGCAUCCGUUACGCCUGUCUCUGGCAAGAUGGCGGCCCCCGUAGACCUAGAACUGAAGAAGGCCUUUGCAGAAUUGCAAGCCAAAAUGAUCGAUACUCAGCAGAAGGUGAAGCUUGCAGAUUUACAAAUCGAGCAGCUGAGUCGUGUGAAGAAGCACGCAAAUCUGACCCAUGCAGAGAUCACGUCACUCCCCAAUAACACUCACAUGUAUGAAGGAGUAGGACGCAUGUUUAUCUUGCAGUCAAAAGAUGAGAUAAAUAAUCAGCUGUUGGAAAAGCAGAAGACGGCGGAUGACAAGAUCAAGGAGCUGGAGCAAAAGAAGUCUUACUUGGAGCGAAGUGUGAAGGAGGCUGAGGACAACAUCAGAGAAAUGCUAAUGUCCAGGCGGGCUCAAUGAAACACCCAUACGGCCCUGUUUUCACUUACCUGUCCACAACCUGUUAUUUGUUUAAACACGUUUUGCAUGUAUCUUAGAAAUACAGUUAUUUCUAGGAACAGAACACAUGAAUCAUUGUUUUCAAUGGGGGCCUGUAAGACUGGAUGAAUAUGGGCAUGGCAUCUAGGUCACUCCGUUUUUAACCGUUGCUCCUGUCCCUGUGAUGUCAUGUUUACUUUUUCAUCGGGGUAUAAUAAAAAAAUUCUUUAUUUAAGAA